CGGGAGAGCGGCGGGAGGGCAGGGCUGGGCGUCCGGGCCGGAAGCGGCCGGGUCCCGGCGGGGCUGCCGCGGACAUGUGCAGGAUGUCGUUCAAGAAGGAAACUCCGCUGGCCAACGCGGCGUUCUGGGCAGCGAGGAGAGGCAACCUGACUCUGCUCCGGCUGUUGCUGAACAGCGGCCGCGUGGACGUGGACUGCAGGGACAGUCAUGGCACCACUCUCCUCAUGGUCGCCUCCUAUGCUGGGCACAUAGACUGUGUGAGGGAGCUCGUUCUGCAGGGAGCUGACAUCAAUCUCCAGAGAGAGUCAGGUACAACUGCCCUGUUCUUUGCUGCCCAACAAGGACAUAAUAACAUCGUGAGAUUUCUCUUUGAAUUUGGAGCAUCCACUGAAUUUAGGACCAAAGACGGGGGCACUGCCCUGUUGGCUGCCAGUCAGUACGGGCACAUGCAGGUGGUGGAGACCUUGCUGAAACACGGAGCCAACAUCCACGACCAGCUUUAUGAUGGAGCCACCGCACUCUUCCUGGCUGCCCAAGGGGGUUACUUGGAUGUGAUUAGAUUACUGUUGUCUUCAGGAGCAAAAGUCAACCAGCCCAGGCAGGACGGGACGGCGCCGCUGUGGAUCGCGUCUCAGAUGGGCCACAGCGAGGUGGUGCGGGUGAUGCUGCUGCGCGGAGCCGACCGCGACUCCGCCCGCAACGAUGGUACAACAGCGUUACUGAAAGCAGCCAACAAAGGGUAUAAUCAUGUUAUAGAGGAGCUGCUGAAAUUCUCACCCACCCUCGGUAUAUUGAAGAACGGGACCUCAGCGCUCCACGUGGCCGUGCUCAGUGGGAACAUUAAGACAGUGGCGCUUCUCUUGGAAGCCGGGGCGGACCCAGCUCUGAGAAACAAGGCCAAUGAACUUCCAGCAGAACUAACCAAAAAUGAGCGUAUAUUGCGUCUCCUCCGAAGUAAAGAAGGACACAGGAAGAGCUAACUUAGUUCCAUAUUUGACUGAAAGAUAGAGACCUUAAUCACAUUGUCCAAAAAGAAAUUGCUUUUCAAAUAGUGUUGGAAAUUCCUGUGAGAAAGAAAAUGCCCAGAAUGCCCACCGUGGGUCCCUGACCGAGAAGAGCUGUGUUUUGUGCUCUGGGUCAGAAACAGAGCAGCUCAGGGACCCUUCCCUCAUGUGGUGGGCUUCUCCCAUGGGCCCGUAGCCCCAGUCCCGUGGGGCCUGGCAUGUUCCUCAAGUCCACAGAAACUCAUUUUAAACUACAUCAACUUGGGUCUUUCAGUUAAACUCUAACAUAGAGUUAAACCCUCUAGGAAGCUUAAGCAAGGAAACAGAAAGCUUUGUUCUUUGAAAAAGACUCAAAGUCUGACCUUCGAUGAAUCAACGCACUUCUGCUUUUGUGUUAAAUGUAUGUGUGCGCAAAGAUAUAGCUCCGUCAUAUUUUACAUAUACGUGUAUGUCAUUCCGGUGUAAAAUGUUUUCUUCUAUCCAAGGGUCCCAGCCAUGAUUCUUGUGAAUUAAUAAUGUGACAUUACUAAAAAGCCACUUCUGACAUUCUACCACAUCCUUUUCGAAGAUGGACUGUUGAAAAAAGACCAAUUGUUCAUGUGUGAGUUGGUCCUCAUCUUAUUCUUAACGUGUAAAAAUAAUUUUUACCUGAAGUCAAAUUGUAGGUAUGGUAGGAUACAAGUGGUAAAUUUGGAAAUUCAGAAAAUUACAAACCUCAAGAAAUGUCGGCUUGUCUCUUUGAGUUGUUACUUUGGGACUCUUGUUGGGAAUCUAUUUCUGCUUAGCCAUAACUAAGUAGACUUAAUAUGCUGUGGAAUCUUGAGCUUCCAACAUCACAUUGUUUGAUACAAUGACUUUGGGGUCCUUGGAUAAAAUGUGAUAUAUGUAAGAACAAUAUGUUGCUAUUACUGUUGCAGGAGUAUAAGUAAUAAAAGACUGUUGUUAGUAUUUAAUAA